AUGGAGGCUGGCCGGACUGCUGUGCUCCGAGUGAAGCGGAAGCGCACUGCGGAGCCCGCUGAGGCGCUCGUCCUCGCCUGUAAACGGUUGCGGGGUCCCACAGUUGAAUCAGAGCCUCAGAGGACGCCCCCUCAGGGUCUGCCGAGAGAGGCGGAGAAUAAUGUCUUCCAGCUGGUGGCCACCGUGCGAUCCCAGGAGGAGCCUUUCCAGCCACUUGUGCGGGCCGUCCUGCGUCCGUCCGGAGGCUGCCAGCAGCGCAUCCGCCGUGAUCUCCGCGCGACUGCCCAGGAGAUCCGGCAAGAAGGCCGCUAUCGGGUGGUCUCCAGCCGCCGAUCCUCGGGAACUAUCUUGGGCUUCCAAGAGUCGGAGGACGAGCCGGAGAAACCAGAAGCUGCCAGCGACACAGGCUUCCAGCUCUUCGACUUAGUCCACGAGGAGGGAGACCCAGAGGCCACUGCCACAGAUUCCUGCCAAGUGUCUGACCCAGAUGUGAUCCUCUGCAAUUCCACACAGCUGAUCCGUGAACGUUUGACCAUCUCUGAGGAGGGACCAGGAGUUGGGCACCGAGAGGAAGUGAAGGAUGGCGACUAUGUGUAUGACAUUUACUACUUGGAAAUGGCCACUCCAGGGUGGAUUGAGAAUAUCCUCUCUGUGCAGCCCUACAGCCAAGAAUGGGAGCUGGUAAAUGACGACCAGCAACCUGAGGAUGUUUAUGAAGAUGAAGAUGAUGAAAACAGCGAGAAUAAUUGGCGCAAUGAGUAUCCAGAGGAGAAGAGCAGUGAAGAAGAAGAAGAAGAAGACUCCAGAGGCUCUGAUGAAUAUGACGGCCUCAGUGAAGAAGAAAGAGGCAGUCACAGACCACAGGUGUGGAGCAAAUACCCUUUAGAUGUGCAGAAGGAGUUCGGCUAUGAGAGUUCCCUGGAUUCAGACUGA